AUGGCAACUCGGCCCGAGAACGUCGGCAUAAAAGCCAUUGAGGUUUACUUUCCAAGCCGAUAUGUCUCGCAAACCGAACUCGAGAAGUACCUCGGCGUCAGCACCGGCAAGUUUACCAUCGGUUUAGGUCAAACAAGCAUGAGCUUCUGCGAUGACCGCGAAGACCUCUACUCCUUAGCUCUCACCACCGUCUCUUGCCUAUUAAAAAAGCACACCAUCGACCCCAACACCAUCGGCCGUCUCGAAGUCGGCACCGAGACCCUCCUCGACAAAUCCAAAUCCGCCAAAUCAGUCCUCAUGUCCCUCUUCCCCAACAACCCGGACAUCGAAGGCAUCGACACGUACAACGCCUGCUACGGAGGCACCAGCGCGGUCAUCAACGCCGUGAACUGGAUCGAGUCGUCCUCGUGGGACGGGCGCGACGCGAUCGUCGUCGCAGGGGAUAUCUCACUGUAUGAUACGCCCGCUGCACGACCGACAGGGGGAGCAGGGUGUGUGGCGAUGUUGAUCGGGGCAGAUGCGCCGGUCGUGGUGGAGCCGAUUCGUGCGAGCCAUAUGCAGCAUGUGUAUGAUUUCUACAAGGGGGAUUUCGGGUCCGAGUAUCCGCUUGUUGAUGGGCAUUUUUCGAAUCAGUGCUAUAUGAGGGCGUUGGAUGGGUGUUAUGGGCGGUAUCGGGAGAAGGUGAAGCAGCGGGGUGGGUAUGCUAGGAUGAGUGAUCAUGCGAAGGAAAAAGAGGCGAAAGCAAAGGAAGCGGGAAUCGACAUGUUUGACUUCUUCGUCUUUCACGCCCCAAACACGAAGAUGGUUGCCAAAGCCUACGGUCGAGUUCUGUUCAAUGACUACCGGUCCAACCCAGCCGCCUUUGACUCGGGCUCCAUUCCGGCGAAAUACGCGACCAUGGACGCGGACAGCUCGUUGACCGACAAAGAUGUUGAAAGGCUCUUUAUGUCUCUGUCCAAGGCGAAGUUUACAGAGCGCGUCAGUCCCUCGCUUACUAUCCCGGCAAACUGCGGCAACAGCUACACGGGCAGCGUGUGGGCCGGACUUGCGAGUCUCUUAAGCAACGUGCCCAGCGAGACAUUGCAGAACAAACGCAUUGGGGUGUAUAGUUACGGAGCUGGGCUGGCGAGUACGCUUCUGACUCUGCGAGUACGCGGUGAUAUAGAGGCAAUCGCUCAGAAGAUGGAUUUGCAUGCGAGACUGGCGGCGAGGACAGAGGUGACGCCCGAGUUUUACAAUGAGAUGUGUCAGCUUCGCGAACAGGCUUAUCAGGCAAAGAACUAUGCGCCUACGGGCAGCGUGGAGGAUCUUGCGCCGGGGACAUAUUAUCUGGCUCAUGUUGACGAUCAGUUCCGACGGCAGUACGAGGUGAAAGCAUGA